AUGGAUCGCCACGUCGAUCACCGAGAUCAACGCUGCUCAGUCGAGACAAAGCGAGCGGAGGCCGCCCCAGGAGCGACGAUGAGCUCGUCGGAGGACCUCGCUCCUGCGGCGGCGUACGCCCCCGGCGCCCGUGUGGAGGUGGACGGCCCGCCCAAGCGGCCGCAGCAGACGGAGCGCGUGCUGCGCAGCCUGCGCGCGUGGGGCGAGCUGUCCCCGCUGCUGUUCACGGGCGCGUCGGCGGACGGCACACUGCGCAGCUACGUGGCGGACGAGCGCGCCGGCCUCUUGCGCUGGCAGGCGGAUUACAAGCGGCUGUUCCACGCCAACGCGACGUUCCUGGACGCCUGGGGCGUCUUCGCCACACUGGCCGACAACCGCCUCAAGCUGCUGGACCUGCCGCUGCAGAGCAACCCGCAGCUGGACGGCGCGCGCGACGCCGGCGGCCGCGGCCUCGUGGCCCGCGACGACACCAAGGGCGCCGUGCAGUUCGCGGCCCACGAGGCGGCCAAGACGCUGUGCGUGCUGCUUAAGAGCAAUACACUCAAGGUCUUCGACUGGACCGUCAACAGGAUCCUCGAGCCGCGCGCGCAGCACGAGCUGCAGACGCUGCUACCGACGCUGCUGCCGGUUCAGCGGCUGCUGUUACUCAGUGAGAGUCACGUGUUUAUCCAGGGCAAGAAGGAGUGGGUGGUUCUGAAUCUGGACAGCGGCCGGCCACUGAGUGUCAAGGAGGACGUGAUGCAGCAGGUCAAUGAAGCUCUGGAUGGAGGGGUCACUGCUGUCUGUGACGCGGUGGCCCUUCCUAGUUUGUACGCGGCUCGACGACGCCAGCAGGUGCUGGACUUGCUGCUGUGCGGGAAGCAGCGUGGAGUGAUUCUGACGAUUGAUUCGAUGGAGAAGAAGAGUGGGGACGAAGAGGAGGAGGAUGUGUAUGGAGCCUUUGAGCAAGACGUGAGCAGGUUGGGGGAUGAGAGUGUGGGCAAGGCGCUGGACGUGUCGACGAGUCAGUUGGGCAUGAAGGGGGAGCAGAUCGCGGUGUACAACUUUGGAUCACUGCAAAUGGUGCAGACGCUGCCGGUUAAAGCACCUUAUGGUGUCUGUGCCGCCAUCAAUGUGGCGUCUGCGACCGUGGCGGACCCGUUUGCUAGUGCGCCGCAGUUCAAGGAUGACCAACCCCCGACGCUGUAUACAGUGUCCCCGCCGUUCGACGUUCAGUCGUUCCAAAUGCUGUCAAUCGCCCAGCAAGUCGCGGCGUCCAUGGGGAACCGUCGGCUUGAAGAUGCUGUCUCGCUCUGCAAGUUGUGCCCCGAAGAGAGUCCUCUGAGUGACACCGACCAGCGGAAGCUUUACGCGGACUAUGGCUUCAAAUUGUUUCGAUCGGGCCAUCGGAAGGAGGCCAUGAACUUCUUCUUUGAGAGUGACAUUGAUGUGAUGGAAGUGCUGCUGCUUUUCCCACGGAAUUUGCUUCCUCGCAAGGCCAGUGCGUUGCACAAGGACAACAGCAACAACAACAAGGAUCACACGUUGGAAGGUGACGAGUUGGUGGAGAGUUUGCUGGCGCUGAUUGGACUUUUGCGUCGUAAGCGGAACGCUUAUCUGCAGCGCGAUGAAGAACGAUUGACUAUGGGUUUUCACUUACGCCGCAGUUUUGGACCUAGCGAUGACAGUGCGCUGGAACUGAUCGACACGAUGCUGGUGAAGUGCCUGGUUGUGGUGGCGGAAAAAGCAAAGUAUGAAGAACGUGCGAAGCGAGCUCUGCUCGAGGUGGUCACCGACCAAAAUUGGUGUGAGAUCAGCGAGGCGGAGAUCUUCCUUCGUGCUCAUCGGCGUUUCAAGGCGUUGUUGGCAUUCUACUCCGCGCGGAAAUUGCAUCGUAAGGCCCUUGAGCUACUGGAGGAUCUGGAGCGCAGCGCUGCCUCGGCUGCUACUCUGUAUGAAAAGACCGAGACGGGCGCGAAGGACGAACCUGAAGACACGGAAGAUCUGCAGUCGUCACACGAUUAUAUGGUGCUCAUCGCGCAGUACCUUCGUGUGCUGGGCAAAAAGCACGCGGAGCUAGUGUUCGAGUUUUCGCGGCGUGUUUUGUCGGUUAACCCAGCGCUAGGCCUAUCGAUUUUUACUCAGCGCGAAGUACCCAGCACCAAACAGGAUAUUGAUCCUGCCGCGAUACUGCAGCACUUGAAGAGUUGCUCUAUCGCAGCUUCUAGCGAUGACUCGACGACAGUGGAGGUACUUGAAUCUGAUGGUGGCGCUGAGGAAACAACCAAACCGGUUUUGCCCUUGACAAACAGUCAAAUGCUGGCGAUCGAGUAUCUGACACAAGUUAUCUACGAGGGUCCGUACCAGCUUACGCCGCGGUUGCAUGACGAGGUAGUCUAUCUACUCUUGGAUUCAAUCCAAGCCAAGACACCACAGAAGAAGAGGCUCACGAGUCGCGUUGAGUCUCAGCGUGGCAUGACGGGGCUUUUGCGACGCAAGUUGCUUGAGUUUCUCGAGUUCCCAGCUGCUGCCUACCACCCAGAGCGAAUGCUGAGUCGCACACCUGUUGAAAUGAUUGAUGAACACGCAGCGCUGCUGUCGAAGCUCGGGCGUCACCGUGAGGUGCUUCAACUCUAUGCUCUGGAAUUAAAGGACGCAGCUCUAGCGGAAGCCUACUGCAAUCGGUGCUACGAAGCAAAGACGGCCGACUCAUCUAUCUACUCUACGCUGCUAACGAUCUACCUGCGGCCACAAUUCACGGGUGGAUCAUCUGGAGGAUCCGCAUCACCAAAUGUAGGCUCGCCACCGCAGCCUUCUCCUGUGUGGAACCGAGCUGGAAGAUCAGCCUCACUUCCCGGUUUGCAGAGUGAAGCUGUCAACGCAGCCAUCAAUGUGUUGAACAAGUAUGCUGAACGUAUUGACGUGUCCACCGCGCUCGAACUUCUACCUGCUGACGUCGCAGCAGCCCCCUUGGCAGGAUUCUUCCGUCGUGUUCUGGAGCGCCAGGUCGAGCGCUUCCGCAAUGGACAGGUCAAGAAACAGCUCUCCAAGAUGGAGAACUUCAAGGUGCGGGAGCAGCUGUCGACCAAGCGGAAGGGAUCCGUCACUGUCUGGUCGUCCCAGUGCUGCCAAUCGUGUGGCAAGAAGUUGGGUGUUGGUACGUUCGUGCGCUUGCCCAAUGGCACGCUGCUGCACUACUCCUGCCAACCCGUUCCGUAG